AUGGAAGGAAAACCGGAAAAGCGGGACUGGACCAAACGAGGCUGGAGCUGCCCUGUGGUUUCAAUGGCAGCGUGGAAAGGACGCGUCCGCCUCUGCCCCUUCCCCGCUUCAGGGCUGGAUGGUGGGUCGUCUCCACCUUUGAUUCCUUGCUGGCUGCAGGCUGUGCAGGGAGUGAACGUGACCAAGCGAGGCAGGUGUCCGGAGGGUGCGCAGAACCGGGGGGCCAGCAGCUGGAGUCUAAAUCUUUCCGGAGGGACGAUUUGGGCAUCCGACAAUCGGCAGGGCCAUGCAGCCACUCCCCGCAAAGUGCGGCACGGUGCGGCGCUGCGCAGGUUUCCUCGCUGGGAAAGCUGGAGCGGGAAGACAUUCCUGAGCGCGGCGGUGACGGCUUCAGGGGGGCCAGUCUCCUCACUCAUCUCAAGCUCUGAGCGGCAAGGAGAGACCCUCCAACCCGCAGCUCGGGGACUCCGCAGCGGCUCUCAGCAGGGUGGCGGCCCCCUCGGGGUGACUUGGUUAAAAGCCCAGGGCACGGUUUCUCCUGGCUUCUGCGGGCACACACUGGCCUCAUCACCUGUUGGAGCCCUGCUGGGACCCCGCAUCAGCAGGGCAACGCCUUUCUCUCCUCUAAAUGGCACGCGAUCAGGAGCACAGUUAGAUGGGGCCAGAGGGCCUGUGCUGGCCAACGGGCUAACAGCAGAAGAAAAAGAGCCUCAGUUCCAGGGUGAAGCAUUCAAGAGCCAGCGGCAGAGGCUCCAGAUGGUGCAGUUACAAACGGGCAGAGCCUCCAGCAGCUGGGUCCUGUGGGAUGAGGAGGAGUGGCCCCUGCUUGGCUGA